AUGGCCGAACGGCGUGUGGAUCCUAUCUCGGUGCUGGGCAAGGAGGUUGCUCCCAUCCUUUUCUCGUACCUCCAACUGCCGCACAGAACUAGAGCAGAACGUGUAUCUCGUGGGUGGAGAGAAGCAAUUAUGGAAGCGACGAGGAAUGAAACCAAACCCGUCUGGGUUUAUAUUAUCUUCAGGAAAAACCAUUGCUCAGGUCAUGAAAAAAUGACGGUGAACAUCAGCUUUGAUGGACCAAUUUUCUGGAAACGUCAAGUCGCCUACAUCUACUGCUGUUCGUGUCACUUUGAUGAGCAUGAGGGUCCGUUGAUGGCUAUUCUGGAGAAGUUCGAACAACGAGUGGAGCGUGUUUGUCUGGUCGACAAGCCUGUCGAUUACCCAUUCCUCCCGGACUCUCUCUUCUCCUACAUGGCUAACAAGAUGCCAAAAUUGCAGUUCAUCUACUUGCGCGAGUUGGACUUAGAGAAAAUCAACAGAGGGACCGUAGUUGAACUUGCCAAUCAUCCAAACUUGAAAAAGGUGAUCGUUCACCUCUGCCGCAACUACGAAGUACUCGAGGACUUCCGAAACCUGCCACAACUUUUGGUCGUGAAAGGAGAAAUCAUGGGACUCAAAGCAAUGUUGGGAGACUUCGAGGAGGAAAUUGCCAAGUCAACGGCUAGCAGUUCUGCUCAGUCAUCAGAGAAAUCAUCUCACUCGCCGGUGCCUGUCAAUAACGGAUAUUAA